AUGACGGAAACAGUCCAUCACCACAGGCCUACACUCAAACAAGCAAGUAGUAUCAAAAACAAGCCAUUCAAGUCUAAGCACGCUUCUAAAGGUUCCCUCAAGGAGGCUGCGAAAGGACGGACGCCCCACCAGUCACCCAAAGCCAACCACACUGCCAAUGCGGCAGCGCAGCUCCGCAUAAACCGCCGUAAUAACGCAAAGCAAGCUCAGCUCAAGAGGCGCCAGAGCCUUGUCUCGGCUACCCGUAUAUUCAGUGGGACGGACGGUGCGCCGCGGGUUGUCGCCAUCGUGCCCUUGACGGAGGACGUGAAGGCGCGAGACGUGAGCGCAAAGCUUGCGCAGGCGAUCGACGGAGCAGUCGAGGAGGACGAAGCGAGCGGACUGCAGAAGCUCAGAGCAGACAGGUUCAAGACCUCCUUGCAAUUCAUCCCCCUUCCGUACCGGCAGCUGUAUGCCAUCCUUGACGCAUGCAAAGUCGCAGAUUAUGUCAUUUUCGUGCUCUCGCCAGACGUCGAGGUCGACAAAUGGGGCGACACACUCCUCCGCACGCUUCAAGCGCAGGGCCUCCCUGAAGUGGUCACCGUCGUAUCUUCCAACCAACCCAUGGACCCGAAGGAGAAGUCCGGCAUCAUGAAGUCGCUGCUGUCCUUCAUCCAGUACUUCGUGCCGAGCCAAUCAAGGGUGUUCGACAUGCACCACGGGGCGGACACACUCAAUACAGUGCGUGCACUAUGUGAGGGCAAGCCGUCGGACGUGAAAUGGCGAGACGGUCGCUCGUAUAUUCUGGGAGAAAAGGUUGACUGGGUGGACGGCGCGCUGAGCGUCAUCGGGGUCGUCCGCGGCGCGCACCUCUCUGCGAACCGCCUCAUUCACAUACCGAACUACGGCGAUUUCCAAAUUGACAAGAUCGUCUCUGCCCCUCUCCCAAAACACACCAAACAUGGCGGCGGGAUGGACGUCGAGCCCCAGCUCCUUGCAGAGCCCGACGCCUCCUCCGCCGACUCGCUCGUCUCAAGCAACGACCCGGACGACAUGGCGAACGAGCAGACCUGGCCGACGGAGGAGGAGAUGCGCGGCGCGUCCAAUGGAAACGGUCACCCGGAUGCGGUCCCCGACGCGAAGACCGGGACGACGCCCAAGGCGGUUCGUAAGGUACCGAAGGGCACAAGCGAGUACCAGGCGGCAUGGAUCAUUGACGAGUCCGACGAGGAAGAUGCGGAAGGGAGUGGCGAGGGGGAAGGUGGCGAGCACGGAGAGGUCGAGAUGGAGGAAGUGGAGGAGAUGGAGGAGAUCCCGGCUACGGAGGGAACUGAGAUGGACGUGGACGAUAAGCGGAGUGUGGCGUUCCAGGACCUUGACGAGGCUGAGGAGGCACGACAGCUGCAGUCGUGGAGAGACCGGAAACGCGAGGAAGAGGACGAUACUCAAUUCCCAGACGAGAUCGACACGCCCCUGGAUGUGCCCGCACGGACGCGGUUCCAGAGAUACCGUGGCCUGCGCUCCUUCCGUACAAGCCCAUGGGACCCAUAUGAGAAUCUACCUCGGGACUAUGCACGGAUAUUCCAGUUUGAGGACUUCAAGCGGACGGAGCGAGCAGUGAAGCGGCGGGCAGAGGAGGAGGGCGGAGUUGAGCCUGGGACCCGAGUGACGGUCUACCUCAAGGAUGUUCCCAAUGAGGCCGCUCGAGUGAUCCCUGGGCGACCAUUCACCGUCUUCAGCUUGCUCCAGCACGAGCACAAGAAGACUGUCCUCAACUUCACUUUGCAGCGGAAUACGGAAUACGAUGGCUCGGUACGAUCCAAGGACCCUCUCAUCCUUUGCGUCGGUCCUCGACGAAUCCGCGUCAACCCAAUUUACAGCCAGCACACUCGUGGCGGAGGCAAAGGUCCGAAUAACGUGCACAAGUUCGAGCGGUAUCUCCGCCACGGCGUCACGAAUGUCGCUACAAUCUACGGGCCUGUGGUGUAUGGUAAGCAGCCGUGCACCCUUCUACGGGAGACUAAUGACCCGCAAGCACCUGAACUGGUCGCGAUGGGCAGUUUCCUGCACCCGGAUACGACACGCAUCAUCGCCAAGCGUAUCAUAUUGACUGGCCAUCCGUUCAAAAUUCACAAGAAGACGGCUACCAUUCGUUACAUGUUCUUCAACCCAGAGGACAUCGCGUAUCUCAAGCCAAUCCAGUUGCACACGAAAUACGGGCGGACAGGGCACAUCAAGGAGUCGCUCGGUACACACGGGUACUACAAGGCGCACUUCGAUGGGCCGAUCAGCCAGAUGGACACCGUGUGUAUGUCACUGUACAAAAGGGUAUACCCCAAAUGGGGCGAGACUUGGAAGGAGGGCGAGAGUGCUCCGGCUCGCAACCAGGACGACGCGAUGGACGAGUAG